AUGUUUAUCUCCAAUUACUCUUCCGGCAAUCUCGUUGUCGUCAUUGCUCUCCUCUUUGCCGGCGCUCUAUAUAUCUGCUUCUCCUCACGUUUGAUAUCUGAUCCUAUCUCCGGUCUCAGACACAAUGGUAGCACUCUGAGAACGAUAAAGUUUCCGGUGGACGAGCUAGAGGCGGCGCUAGACAGUGCGGCUAUAGGAAACAACAAGACGGUGAUAAUAACGAUGGUGAACAAAGCGUACGUGGAGGAGGUUGAAGGAGGGAGGACGAUGUUGGAUCUGUUUCUAGAGAGUUUCUGGGAAGGAGAGGGUACUGUGCCACUUCUGGACCAUCUGAUGGUGGUGGCAGCCGAUCAGACGGCAUACGAUCGCUGUCGCUUCAGGCGGCUACACUGCUACAAGUUGGAGACAGAGGGAGUUGACUUGCAGGGAGAGAAAGUAUACAUGUCAAACGAUUUCAUUGAGAUGAUGUGGAGGAGGACUCGAUUGCUCCUAGACGUCCUCCGCCGUGGCUACCAUCUUAUUUUCACGGACACUGAUGUGAUGUGGCUGAGGAGCCCCUUCUCCCGGCUAAGCAACAACAGGACCCUGGAUAUGCAGAUAAGCGUGGACAGCGGCAUAGGAGGACACUUGAUAAACACUGGCUUCUACUACGUCCGUUCCAACAAUAGGACCAUCGCUCUUUUCCAGAAAUGGUACGACAUGAGACUCAACUCGACGGGCAUGAAGGAACAAGACGUCCUCAUUAAGCUCCUCGACUCAGGUUUCUUCAACCAGCUCGGUCUCACUGUUGGCUUCCUCAACACCACCCACUUCAGCGGCUUCUGCCAAGAUAGCACUGACAUGGGCGCUGUCACCACCGUCCACGCCAACUGCUGCCGCCACAUCUCUGCCAAGGUCUUUGAUCUCACUUUUGUUCUCCGUGACUGGAAACGCUACAAAGCCUCACAUGUCAAUACCAAGUGGAGCUCCCAUGCUAAGUGCUGGGGUUCAUGGAAUGAUACCCACUAUAGCCCUAAAAUCUGA